CUAUACGUGUAGAAGGGCGAUAAUAACAAGCAAGAAUUUUGAUGAUCGCUUAAAUAGGUUAUGAACCAUGAGUCGACAAGCAGUAAGUGGCAAGGCUCGGAGCCACACACCGACCACUAACCAGGACCUAGCAAGUCUCUUUGAAUGUCCAGUUUGUUUUGAUUAUGUCUUGCCACCAAUCCUUCAGUGUCAGAGUGGUCAUCUUGUUUGCUCAACCUGCAGGCCAAAAUUGAGUUGCUGUCCAACAUGUAGAGGUCCUUUAGGAAGUAUAAGAAAUUUAGCUAUGGAAAAAGUUGCACAAACAGUAAUGUUUCCCUGCAAGUAUGCUUCAUCGGGUUGCUUGGCAACCAUGCCACACACAGAGAAGCCAGAUCAUGAAGAAGCGUGUGAAUUUAGGCCAUAUUCCUGCCCAUGUCCAGGUGCUUCAUGCAAAUGGCAGGGCUCUUUAGAACAGGUUAUGCCACAUCUUAUGCAUUCACAUAAAAGCAUCACAACGUUGCAAGGUGAAGAUAUAGUAUUCUUAGCUACAGACAUAAACCUACCUGGAGCAGUUGACUGGGUUAUGAUGCAGUCAUGCUUUGGCCAUCAUUUUAUGCUAGUGCUUGAAAAACAAGAAAAAUAUGACGGUCUACAGCAGUUCUUUGCAAUAGUUCAACUCAUAGGCUCACGAAAACAAGCAGAGAGUUUUGCAUACAGAUUGGAAUUAAAUGGUCAUCGACGACGAUUAUCCUGGGAGGCCACGCCUCGAUCCAUCCACGAAGGAGUACAGGCAGCGAUCAUGAACAGUGACUGUUUGGUGUUUGAUUCUAGUAUUGCUCAGCUCUUUGCAGAAAAUGGAAACCUUGGAAUCAACGUAACUAUUUCCAUGUGCUGAUCAAUGUCUCUGUGUUGUUGUAUACUUUAUUUAUAUUUUCUUUAGAGUAGGGUUCCCGGGUGAAGUAAUAAGACAAGCGGCUUCAUGGUACAGUCUAUUCUAGAAUUAUGCACAUUGAAAGGGGGGGGCCUAGACUGUGGUAUGUAUAUAGUUACCUCAAAACAAUGUCAUACAUUGUUUACCACAGUGCUUUAUAGGAGAAUUGAGGUAUCUUCUUGUAAGUUAUCUUUCCCAAGAAAUAAUGUUUUUCUUUGCAUCACUUUAUGACAUGGGGGAUGCAAUAAUUUCUGUAACUAAGGCAUAAUGCUACACGUCUACACUGCUAAGCAGUGUUUAUCCCUGUGGUGUCUCUAAUGGGCAUGGGGAUGCAUGCUUCCUUAAAAAAUAUUGUUCACUUAAAAAAAAAAAAAAAUACUUGCUGUGCAAAAAAAUGACACUCAGGUAGUUAAAAAGCACCUCAUAUCACCCCAUAUUCCAGCUAGCACUAUCUCAUUUUUCCUUCGUUCAGCCAUCAGCUUCCCUUCAUUGGCCCCACCCAAUGGCAGCACUUAGUUUUAGCAUGUGGUUAGCCUAACAUUCAUUACUUUGCAUGAGCAAACUUAUUAUCUGGUUUGCCAUGCCUCUUCCCUUCAUCAGCCCCACCCAAUGGUAGCACUCCUAGAUAUGCCAUUUUGUUAGCCUAACAUUCAUUACUUUGCAUGAGCAAACUUAUUAUCUGCUUUGCCAUGCCUCUUCCCUUCAUCAGCCCCACCCAAUGGUAGCACUCCUAGAUAUGCCAUUUGGUUAGCCUAACAUUCAUUACUUUGCAUAAGCAAACUUAUUAUCUGCAUUGCCAUCCCCCUUACCUCCCAAGCACAUAUUGCAGUCAAAAUUAGGUGACAUAUUUAAGGAUAAAUGCCGUAAAAAUGCUUGUAAUGUAAGAAUUGUCUUGUAUAUAGAAUAAAUUUAGAGGAGUGAAAUGAUUUGCUGAGUUCUGAGGAAAAGAAUUGAUGAAACUGUCAAAAUUGUACUGUAUGUGGCUGAGCAAAAAUAGCAAGAAAAAAAAAUUAUGAUUGAUAAUGAUAAUUAUGAUGAUGAGCUUAAGUAAUUAAGCUUAUCUCAGGUUAUUUUCUUUACUCCUAUUCAGGUUUUUUUUAUCCAAGUGUAUUUAUAUUGUCAGAAUAAUAUAUGCUGUCUGUAAAUAAAGGCGACUGGUUUUGAAACAUCAUAAACAAUAUGAUUUUCAAAACAAAUUAUUAAAUUGUUUCCUUUAAUUAUCGAAUUUUCUAUUGAGUAAAAAAUUAUUAGAUUAUUCAGUUAGAAAUGUGAUGUGGAAGGGAUAUUUUUUUAUUAUAUUUUAUUCACGCAAAUUAUCUGAUAGUUGGUAGCAUGCUCAACGGAGUAUAAUAAUGCAUUAUGCCACAUAAACAUUUAUGUCAACUUUCAAUACAGUACAUUGAUGGGUUGAGGUAACCAAUCCUAUGUAUAUUUCUGUCUUUUAUUGCUAUAAAUAAAUUAAGGGUCAGUGCUUUGCAGCCAUAAAAUAUAUUGGUGAUCCUACAAAAUAUUUUUAACCACAGACAUACAGAAACAUGUUAUGUUGUGAUGUCCGAGUUUUUAUCUAAAAUAAUUGAGAAGAUGCAUUAAUAUAGGAACAUACCCUGUGACUGGUUGUUAAGUGUGGGUGUGGCAAGAUCUAUUGGAUUGGUUUUCCUAAACUCUUUUAAGUUUUAGAGGUCUUGCCAUACCCAUAUGUUAUGUCAGUAUCUGAUUUUGAUUUUCAGGGAUUAACACACGUAAAACAAAUUUCAAAAUUUAUUAUGAAUAAUAUCUUUAUUGUAUCAAGCAAUUGAAUAAAUCUUGAUAUACCUAAAGUUUUAUACAAAAUUAUUUAUCAGGAAGUAUAGUAAAAACUUGAGUUAAAUUCCUUACUGUAUGUGUAUAUUUUACUCCAUAACCAACCACAUGCGAUACUGAUUUUAGAAACAUUUGUAUUAUUCAGUAUAUAAUGUCAAUACUGAUUUUGUGUCAAGUCACCUGUAUUAAUUAUAAAACUAUUAGCGUAUUUAGCAGUUAGCAAGAUUCAAUACUCUGUGCACAUGCUGGAAUCAAUGACUAUUUGGUACAGGGUACAUUAAGAAUCGUGGCUGAUUAACAGAUUUGCUGCCAUGGGCGACAAUACUCAUCUUACUGGGUGGGGCAGAUAAGCAAUGGACUGGUAUACUUUAUUAUGUAUUAUGACAAUAAUCACACCCAUAUAAGGCAAUUCACACAAAUUUUCACUUAAAAUUUGAUAAAUGUGAAUAGAGCCAAACACACUGGGGCAGCAGCAUAAGCUUUGUCCACACUCUCAAAUUUUAUGUGACAAAUGUGAUAUGCCCGUAUUUGGGUGUAAUGUGACAUCAUCAUGCCCAUAUAUAGGCACAUGACACCAAUUUGUCACUUAGAAUUUGAUAGUGUAAGCAGAGCUUCAAGAAAGCACAUAGGGCCUACAGUAAUAUAUUUGAGAUGUUUGAUGUUUUAUUAUUUGCAGUUGGCUAAUAUUUCUACAUGGUAGCACCCUUUAAAACUUGUCGUGGCAAAUGGGAAAGCUUUGUCAUGCAUUGCCCCGUGGCAGCAAAUGUGUUAACACUAUAUAAUUAUCAGUUUUAUAUAAUGCUAUAUUUCAUAAAAUAAUAUUUGGAAGGAUAAAAAAAUUGUUUUUAUUUGAAAAAUGUUGAUCAAAUCUAUCUGGAUACUGAUAGCCUCAGAAUUAUUCCAGCAUUUGCAGUUUUUCAUCAUUUUUGCCUGGAAUAUGCAAAUUAGGCCCAUGGAGAGUAACCAUCCACCGACAACACAAUUUGGUUUGCUAUUGCAUCUUUGUUUCGUAAUAGAAUAUAACUUCGUAUGAUUGAAUUGUGUUAAUUACCAUUAUCCAAAUUGACUGGUUCCCUCUUAAAUACCAUUGCUUUUCUUUAAAAAAAAAUAUAUACUUAAAAUAUGAAGAAUUAAACAAUUAUUAUAUUUUGUAUGCAUUUUUGAUUUUGUAAAAUGAGUAAAUUAUUUGAAAAAAUAUUAAAAUAUACUUAACAAUAUUGGUUUUUAAAUACAUAUUUGGCUCUAAUGCACUUUAGCACUCCAGCUACUAUGUGAAAUCUUAAUUCGUAAUUUCCACAAACAUGGCUUUAGACACUCUACCUAUGUGUACGCAUCUUUGAUGCUAGACUAAAUGUAUAGUACGAUCCAUGAUAUGUGAUGUGAAAACAGACGGGCAAAGCGUGACCCGACAGUGAUUUUUUUUUGUUUUUGCGGCCUGCGAAAUUGAGUUAAAAACCCUAUGUGUGCAGCCCACCAACCAUCUUUGGCUAGAAAACACCUUGUUUUUGUAUGGCCCGAUACUGAUUAUCAGUAAAAAGUAAUAUUAAAACUCGGUAUAAAAGCAGUGCAAGAAGUUUUUUGUUUGGAAGCACACUGGAAAUAUCAAAGUGUGGGUGUGGCCCUCUGUGUUAAAACAAAAACUCACUUUGGCUCUCUGACCAUUUUUAUGCCUGAGCUAGAACAAGCACUGGAAAACAUGAUUUUGCGUAGUUAAUUGCUACAAUUUCUGCAUGAUUUGUGGUGAUUUUUGGAUGAGGAAGUAUAGCAAGAUGUUGUUUCGAAUGCCUACGAUGCAAAUGAUUUAACAAAAAAGUACUAAAGUGCAUUAGUGCUGCCAAAUAUUCUUCACAGAAAAAUAGUGAAUUUUUUGGCAAAUGUCAUUGAAUGCAUUUAACAAUUUGCUAUUAUGUCUGCUUUAAAGUUAGUGUACAGGGCAACCUGUAAUGCGUAAUUUAUUAUCCUAGAUACAUAAGUUGUGAUCCCUACAAUACAUGUCGAAAAGUACUGUUGAGUUCUCUGUACAUAAACAGACUUUUUGACUUGUAUUGUAUGUGGUUAUUGUGAUACAUUUUCAGGGCACAGAGAUGUGUAUAUUAUUACUGUAUAAACAAUGGUUUAUGUAAAGUAGGUCAUGUAUAUUAGACAAUUGGGAAUGAAGUAGUAAAUAAGGUCAAUUGUAUGCAUGUUCAGGGCACAGUUGACUCAACAUUAAGUACAGUAAUCCCAACAGAAUGAAUUAUUAUUAUUAUUUUUUUUAAAUUUAUUUUCAAUUUAAUGCAGAAAUUUAAAUACAUAACUCUGCUGCCAAUUGACUUCACAUCUGAAUGCAUCUCAUUUUGAAAUAAUAUUUUAGUUUCAAUGUACAAUUUUGAAUAGUUGCAUAUAAAUUUCAUUGUCUUAUUGAUACAGGUCUCCCUCCACUUAUGGACCAUUUCUGGUUUCUAUGGUCUUUAUCAGAUUUGGUCUCUUAUUAGAAUAAUAAAGAGAAGACAUUUCUUAAUUUAAGACCACAGAAAAUUGGCCUUUAAUUGGAGGGAGGCCUGUAGUUUGUUAGAGACAUUCAGUCUGCUACUGCUUACUUGACUUCAAUUUAGUUACCACCUUCAGGAUUUUUCAAAUGUGGCUUAGGUCCAACUGCAGACAUGUUUGUUGCCUUGAAGUUGUUAUUUAAUCUUCAGUGCACCCUUUCCUCUUCUUUAUUUCAUAUGUAGCUGCAAAAAAUAGUGUAAAUAUAAUUUACUUGGUCUUUAAAUUGGUUGGAUAGAAUUAAUUUUUGAUACAUUUUUAGGGCAAUAUCUAAUUUAUCAUACAUUUUUCAAACCAUGCGAUUGAAGUUUCCUUGUGUUCAUAGUGCAAAUCACAACAUGUUGUUGGAACAAGACAACCCUCCAGUUUUAUAGAUAUAACACUUUCAGUAUCACUAAAAAUAUCAAAAUUUAAUGUAUUGUUAUGACAAACAGAAUAUACUUUAUCAUAGUUUUAUCAAGUAAACCAAUUGUUUACACAGAUCCAAAAAAGUUUAAAUUUGUUUUUUACGUUUGUGUUAGUACUUGUAGAUUUAUUAUAUAAGAUAUUAUAAUACAUGUGUCUGUAUUAUUCAGUAAUAUUUAUUAUUCAUACAAGAAAGAAAUUUUGCCUUUAUAAUAUUAUUUACUGAUAUUCAAUUUCAUAUUCAUGAUACUGUACCAAUUCUAUGCAUUGGCCUACAGCCAUAGCUCAAACUUCAGAGAUGUUGUAAAUUUCUCUGCUCAUGCUUAAAAACAUACUGUCUGUUUGUGAUAAACCCUUUAAAAUAUUAUUAAAUGUUUGAAUUACCAGCAUAUUGAAGCCAGGCUCUGGAGGAAAACAAUUUUCUGAUAUGCUGUACAGCUGAUCUUUCUAAUACACGAAAAGGGUGUUUGACAGAAAACUCAGAAAUGGUUAAUAAAUAUUUUAAAAUUCGGGGAAAUUUUUUCCCUGUUUUUAAAUAUUCAAAAAUCUAUAUCUCAUUAACCGCUCUCAACUUUUUCAUAAAACACAAUUUUUGUGUCUUAAGGCCUAUUCAUACUAUCAAAUAUUUUUUGACAGAAACAUGAGACUUGCCUAAAUAUGGUCCUAAUGACAUCACAUCAAGACCCUAUAUAGGCAUAUAAAAUGUUUCCUCUGGUGCCUGGCUUUAAUUUAUUAGCUUUCAAUAAAGAAAUUCUGAGAAAAAAAAUGCUUCACCAAGAAAUAAUAAUACUGUUCCUACAUUCUUUAUAUCCUCAGCUGGUAACGUUAACAGUUUUUGUAGAAGUAAAAUGACCAAUUCUGGCAAAAAUUGCUUCAAUAUGUGGCUCAUUGGAAGUUGAUAAUUAAUUAUUUAAGUAAUUCAAUAUUUUAAUUGAUUUUUAAAAGGUUUUUGCCCAAUUAAUCACAGACUGUAUAUCCUUAAAACCAUGCUCCAUAGGAAAAAUCAUGUUAUGUUGUAUAACUCAUUUUUCUGAGACACAAAAAUUGUUUUUUCUCUGGAACCUGGCUUUAAUGAUAACAAAACAAAAAUAUUGUGUCGUAGUUAAUCGUAAUUGCUUAUGGCGGUGGGAAUAUGCCAUGGCGUUUUUGUAAGGAAUUGUAAGUAUUUUGUUUAUAAUAAUCAAUUACGUUUGUAGACAUGAUGGAAUGAACUUGUUGAAAGUUUAGAAUAAAUUGAUUAUCAAUGGCAUAAAUUGAAAA